CCCAAAGCCAGGCUGCCCCUCCGCUUGAUUGCUCAGCGUCAAGUCUCGUAGAAUCGCGGGCUCUCUGAGCUGGAAGAAAUUCUCUGAUUCUAACACAGGGAGUCUUGAGAGGGUGGGAGUUAACUCUUCUCUAGUGAAACAGGUUUUGGAGGCUCUUGGGUGGAAAUGGGAGGAGCAGGGCACAAAGCAGACUCUCUGCUGCCAAGUUCCAUCUCAUGGCUGGACCAGAAGUCCUGCAAGGCAAGGCCUGGGUGCUUUACGUCUGGGGAUCCUCUGCAAACUUAGGAGAUUCCAGCUGCCUACCAACAGCUCCAUUGUGUCACCAAUAGGCAUUUCAAACUUCCCAUGUUCAAAACCUGAUUCUGGACUUUCUUCCCCAAACGUGACCCUCCUUGAGACUUCCCCAUUUGGGGGCACAUUUUCUACCUAAUUGCUAUAAUUUUCCCUCAUCCCAUCCAAGUUCUACAGACCUUAUUCCAAAACUUCAUAAAUCUGCCCAUUUCUCUACCUCCACUGCUACCACCCUGGGCCAAAUCAGCAUCCCUCUCGCCUGGAUAUGCCAUAGGGCCCUACGCAGUCUCAUAACCACCAGAGUGACGCUUCUAAAGAUCAGAUCAUGUCACUCCCUUGCCUAAAACCUUCCAGUGCCUUCCCACUGCUCUUGGAACAAAAUCUCAACUCCUUAGUAAUCUGGCCUAUAAGACUCCAGAGCAGCUGGCCCUGCUGAUCUCCCUGAUUUCAACCUGAAUCACUUUCUGCUUCAAUCAUGCUAAGGCUGGUCCCCGCCCGAGGGCAUCUGCAUCAGCUGUCCUCUCUUCCUGGAAUGGCCUUUCCCUAGACCUUUACAUGGCUGGCUCCUUCUUACCGUCAGAUCUCAGCCCAAACGUCAUCUCCCAGCCCUGACCCCGGAUAGAGCAGUCCUCGCCUUUGCCGUGCAUUCUCUAGCUCAUCACUCUUUUUAUUUUCUAAGCAACAAGAUUUAUUUGUCUUAUCCUCCUUUAUUGUCUGUCUCACCCCAUUAGAAUGGGGGCUGACAGUAGGCAAGGAGGUUGAGUUCUGAUCUCUAGCACCUAGAAUAGAACCUAGCACAUAGUGGGCCCCAAUAAAUAUUUUUUGAGCUAAAUAAAUAAAUACUCGUGACUUCCAUUGAGUCAGCCACUUGACUGGGAGGCAAAUUCUGCAAGAUCUCUCUGUCCCUUCCCUCCAGGGUUCGAGACCUGGCUGUACUCGCUUCUCCCAUACGGAGCCCUGCCCUCCUACAGAUGCUCGACUUGAGAGCCUAGAGAUUCAGCUGUGCUCUGAUUCCCUCGAAAACCUAGGAGGGAAUCCACUAAGAAACGGGGAACUUAGGUGAGAGACAAAGAAGAACUUCCUCAUGGUAAGAGCUGUUGGACGCUGAGAACAGGGCUGGUGUAGAAUGGGGAGGGCAGUGAGGAGCGUGGGGACACCUUUCACAACAAAUUGACUGUGUUCUGCCGUGUCUUUAAUCAUUUCAAACCCUUCUGUUCAACUCCUGCCUCACAACCCAAAUUGUGCUUUUCCACCCCAGACACAAAGAGAGCCCAGCCUUCACUCCUGGGACACCCGCCGGGGCUGCCCUCAGAUCCCCAUUCGCCGGCUAUUGUCAGAGCCUUGCUGGACCUCCAGCUGUGGGGAGCAUGAGGCUGGCCACACCCCCUACAGCACCUCCUGUAAGCCUGUGUGCACAGGAGAUGGUACCUCACGCUACCAUGUGUGCUGACAGGCUCAGAACUCGGGAGGAAGAGAAAUCCAUCAAAGGGGCCCCAGGAAUGUGAGGCCCCUGGCCUCUCGGGCUUUUCCUCUGGGGGUUAUCAAGAGACCUCCCCCUCAUGCCUGUGCAUGGUGGGUCCUUGUUUUAGAUCCUGGCCUUGGUCCCCAGGGGACUUGCCACAAUCUGAUGGAGGAGGAGAAAUCUCAGAUCCCCUUCCUCCUGUUGGCCCCCUCCCUCUCACCCAGCCUCCCUCCGCUGGGCUUCCUCCUGCUCUCCCUCUCUCACCUGCCUCUCCACAAUGACCUUCCUCCAAAGCAGGGUUUCUUUAAGAUCUCCACGGCUGGCAGACAACCUAACAAAGAGCCUCAAUAAGGCCACAGGAGGCAGACGGCUCAUCAAGAUGUACCUCUCUGCUCUGCGUCCCGGCUGUCACCUCCGUGCUGCUUUGUCGUCCCAGACAGCAAAACAAAACAGCUGUGCAUGCACACUCACAUGCACACACACAGAGAAAUGGUCCCUGUAGGGGGCCGCGCUCCCAAGGGCUCGGAAACUCCAGCUUUUACUCCCCAGCUCUCAUCUGUACGUUGUCCUUCCUCCUUCUCCACCUUGACACGCAGCCUGGACACCGUGUGUUUAACUGGACGCAGAGCUGCCAGGCUAGGAGGGCCGUCUUUCAUUACAAAGGCCAGGGGACUGGUGGGUCACGGAGCGCCAGUGACGGAAGGGGCCCUGAUCUCCAUCAUUCCACCUCCUCGUCUACAGGACAGCAACCCAAGGCCGGGGCCGUUGAGUUAAUUAACUAGCUGGCAGCUAGUUAAUGAGCAACGGAGUCCAGAAUCUGGGUGCCCUGACGCCUAGGCUUGGGCUCUUUCUGCCCUUCCCGUCCUCACUCAGCUGACAAGCAGGCACUGGGGUGUGGGGAGGCAGGGCCCUCUUCCGGGACAGCUUGCCGUAUAGGAAAGGAGGAGAACCAUACCACCAAGAGCUGCCAUACACGUUCUGUGAUAAGAACCACAAGGGUGGCCCCCAAAAGGGCCAUAGAUCAGAAAAGGAGACGGUCAAGUCCAUGGCCUAGCCAGGGAAACUGCAUAAAGGAGGGGACUUUCUGGUUGAGUUUUAAGCAGGGGGACACUACCCAUGGGUGAGGAGAGUGCUCCGGACUCAGGGAAGGGCCUGCUUUCCUGGAGCUGGGGAAGCAGAAGUGUGUUCAGGGGCAGCUGAGCACUGAGCUUGAAGGGUAGGAUGCAAGUGGCAUCUGUGUAGGGUGAGAGGCAGGGAGUUCCCGGGAGGUAAGAUGCUCUCUCCUCCUGGGACAGCAGACCAAGCCCUCCGCUGCUGUGCCGCUGCUGUGUCGCAGACAGAAAGGAGGGUGUAGGAGCAUCCUGCCAGGGAAGUCCUGAGUCAAGGGGGUUUCUCAGUCCACACCCCGGGUCCUGACGAUGAAUCCCCUGAGGUAAGCAGACGAAAUGGAAGAGGGACACUGGGGUACCCGUGACAUACUGCCAACACGCCACGCCUUCUGUUUGUCAGGCAGGUUUUAAGAGACGCAAGGAAGGGUCAUUUAGGGGUCAGUGCUCCAGGCUGGGGCUCCUCCUCUGCCUCAGUCCUGGCUUCCUUGUCUUCGGAUCAGAUACUUGCCAACUCUUGGAAUAUCAAUUUCUCCAGCUACUUCGUCCUGACUCGUUAGUAAAGAGGCCUCUGAGCUCUUGAAUACCAGUCUCUUCCCUUUGCAUUCCGCCCCGCCCCCCCCCCCAUAUAGAUAAGAGCAAGGAGCUCCAGAAGCCGAGCCUGGUGAGGUGGGGGUUCCUCCAGGGCUCCCCCCAGGGCACUACAGACAACCCGUCAACCAGCUCCAGCAGGUCCCCAGGUGCCCAGCCUGCGCAGCCUGGCAUUUCGCUCCCCUAAAUAGCCCUGGUCUGGGGUCACUGAGCCUCAGUGACCUCUGCGUGACCAUGUGACAGUAGCUGUGUGUGGCCCAGGGCCCCUUUCUGGAGGACCGCCAGGCAGAUGGGCCCCCUCUACACCCUUCCAAUUACCCUCUUGGGAAUAAAUCCCUCUGACAAAGGGCAGGCUCAGUUUUCCCUCCUCCACAGGCAGGACAGGAGAUGCUGCCCCAUGUAUCUCUGAAAGGAGACAGACCCAGCUUCCCAGGGGCCCUCUCUGCCCUCUGGGUCCUGCCCCUCUUUUCCCAAAGGGAAGGGGACACGCGGGAGAGAGACAGAGGAGGGGCCACAGCGGGGCAGGGGGAGCUGGGGGAGCUGGGGAAGGAAGACGGAGGUGCGUGUAACACGGCUUCCCUCCCUGGAGUUGGAGGCGAUUAAGCCACAGGCGCCUUUUUCCACCGGAAUGUGAGCAUUUCAAGGGUGACGCUGCCCUCCAGGCCGGCCGCGAGCGCGCUGGUGUGUGUGCCUGUGUGCGCGCCUCCGCCUGCGUGCGCUACUGUCGCUGUCAUCACAGAUGUACCCCCAGCUGUCGCUCCAUUGCUCCGUCUCUUUGCUCGCGCACACGCGCGCUCUCUCCUCCUUUCCCCUUUAUCCCCUCUCCUAUCUGUCUCCCUCUGUCCCUCCCUCUUUCCUUCUCAGUUUGUUAUUGACCCAGCAGCCCCGUCCCCUGGCAGCGCGGCAGCGGCAGGCAUUCCAUCUCCCCCGUGCUGUGUGCUGCAUGCCAGCUCCCUGCUCCCAGUGGACCGGGGGUCUCAGUGCCCACUGCACUCUGCUUGGCAGUGCUGUCUGGAUUGCUCCAGGAAUCCCAGGAGGGGCUCACUGGACGGUUCAGAGCUACUUGAUUUAAGGAGCUUGCGGUCAGGGCGAAGAAAGGUGCCAUUGCUGGGUGACAGUCACCAGGGAGUGGAUGAGCAGCUGGCUCAGAAGACUGCAACCCCUUCCCUGACCUUCCGUGCGACCUUGGCAAGUUGGUCUUUGUCUCUGUGCCUUGGGUAGCUGCUGACCUGCCUAAAUCUGUCUGCUGCAGCAUGAACCCCUUGAGCUGAUGAGUCUUAUAAACCGGAGGGCCGAAGUCGGAGCCUUGCAACUCACCUCUCAGGAGAAGGUGGAGGGGAAGCAGGGAGCCACCCAGCAGCGAGAGCGGGGCCUGGGCCUCGCACCCCACUGGCCAGCGGACUCUGCGGAGGGCCUGGUCUCUGCCGCCUCGGGGGCCAUGGACUGACAGGUAGCACAUACCAAGGGGCUCCUCUCUCCCGAGAGGUGCAGGCCGUGAGAACCGUGGCAUUCACCAUGCUGGCCCCGGGCAGUGGCCCCGAGCAGAGGACCAGGCUGGCCGUGCAGUGGAGGCACAUCUCCUGGAUCACCUGCUGGGUCACCCUGUAUGCUGUGGAGGCCCUCCCUGCCUGCCCUUUCUCCUGUAAAUGUGACAGCCGCAGCCUGGAGGUAGAUUGUAGUGGGCUAGGCCUCACCAUGGUGCCCCCGGACUUGCCUGCUGCCACCCGAACCCUCUUGCUCUUGAACAACAAGCUGAGUGUCCUGCCAAGCUGGGCGUUCGCUAAUCUAUCCAGCCUGCAGCGGCUGGACCUAUCCAACAACUUCCUGGACCAGCUGCCCAGCUCCAUUUUCGGGGACCUGACAAAUCUGACGGAGCUGCAGCUGCGCAAUAACAGCAUCAGGACCCUGGACAGGGACCUGCUGCAGCACUGCCCCCGGCUCCGCCACCUGGACCUGUCCAUCAACGGCCUGGCCCAGCUGCCCCCUGGCCUCUUCGAUGGGCUCCCGGCGCUGCGCUCCUUAUCACUUCGCUCCAACCGCCUGCAGAACCUGGACCGGCUGACAUUUGAACCCCUAGUGAGCCUGCAGCUGCUGCAGGUUGGGGACAACCCCUGGGAGUGUGACUGUAGCCUGCGUGAUUUCAAGCACUGGAUGGAGUGGUUCUCCUACCGAGGGGGGCGCCUGGACCAGCUUGCCUGCACCCUACCCAAGGAGCUGAGGGGGAAGGACAUGCGGGUCGUCCCCAUGGAGAUGUUCAACUACUGCUCCCAGUUGGAGGAUGAGAAUAGCUCAGCUGGGCUGGAUAUCCCUGGGCCACCCUGCACCAAGGCUAGCCCAGAACCUGCUAAGCCCAAGCCAGGGGCCGAGCCCGAGCCCGAGCCCAGCACAGCCUGCCCCCAGAAGCAGAGGUACCGGCCAGUGAGCGUGCGGCGGGCCAUCGGCACGGUAAUCAUCGCAGGGGUCGUCUGCGGCAUCGUCUGCAUCAUGAUGGUGGUGGCUGCUGCCUAUGGCUGCAUCUACGCCUCUCUCAUGGCCAAGUACCACCGGGAGCUCAAAAAGCGCCAGCCCCUGAUGGGGGACCCAGAGGGAGAGCACGAAGACCAGAAGCAGAUCUCUUCUGUGGCGUGAGAGCCCAGCCCCACCUGGCGCAGGGACGCAGCCCGAGGCCUUGAAGCUGCAGCAUGUGCGGAUGGCAGCCUCCUGAGAACCCAGCCACCUACCACUGGGCAUUUCUUCCAUGCUGCCUGAGGACAUCGUCACUGCCAAGCCCCGUGGGGACAACCACCAGUUUCACUCCUAUAACCUGCAACCCAAGAACCGUUGCUCUGUACCUCUCACCCCUCCAUCUUCAGCAUUUCCGGGCCUGUGACCCCGGGGCGGGGACUGGGUCAUGCUCUGUGGUUGGUGGCAUCUUGGGAAUGCAGGUGGCCCUCACUGAAGCUCACUGCCUGCCAACAUAUCCCCAACAGACCCUGGGAACAGGGAAAGGAUGCCACAUUCUGCUCCGAGCCUUCAGUAAUGGGGGGCCCUUUCCCAAGGUUUUGUCUGCUCAGUCUGGCUUCCCAGGUUUUCUAAUUGCACCUGGACUAGGGGCCAAACCAGACAGGGCCAGAGGUCCUGUCUGCUCUUUCCCUGUAACCUACACCAAAGGGACGGAGAGACCUGCGUGCAGGGCUGCACAAGGCGGCGGCUGAGCAGAGGGCUGAGCAAGCCUUCGGGGUCCCUAGUCUCCUUCUCUAGGGCUGCCCUCCUCGUGAGUCUGAUCUCGGGUGACACGAAGUCUUCCUCCGCUGGACACGGGUUUUCCCGUGGCUUACAGAGGGUCAGGAGGCAUCAGGCUGGUUUCUGGCUCUAAGUCAGGGGGCACAGGGGGCUUAGGAAGAGGCCACCGGAACACUGAGGCCAAGAGUCUGAGGGAAGGACAGAGCAGGACAGGGCAGGCCCAGCUCGCCUCGCAGCCCUCGACCCUUCCACCUCACAGAGGAGCACGUGGCUGAGGGCGUGAGGCGGGAGGGGGCACACAGAGCGUGAGGCGGGAGCGGGGCACAGUCUGCCUCUGUCGGCUUGCCGGCUGAUACCAGACCCAGGGAUUUCUUAAAGGGAAUGGGGACGGGGUGGGUGUUGUCAAUGGUGGUGUCUUCAGCCUGAGACAGAAGAUUUUUAAAGGCAAAAUUAUAUUUCUGGUUUGUUGUUUCAGAAGACCAAUAAAGACUGUAUUUUCCUAUGUA